GGAAAGGGACGAGAUGCAUUUCAGGGGCACUGCGUACAAGAGAAUCAUCAGUGCAGGGAGAUUAAAUCUUAGCUCCAUUUCGGCUAACUCCGCCAUUCUCCAGAAAAUCUAUAAUACAUGCCCCACAUGGGUCGAGGUUGUCCUAGCUAUAAAGCUGCUCAUUUACCUUCAACAUAACUAAAACAAAUCUACCUAUCCUGUUAGAACAGUGUACUUGCAUAGUCAAAAUGAAGUUCUUCCAGGUAAGCCCCAAACCUCAUGAUUCCUUCUGUGCUUGAGCUUAACAGAUCGUCGACAGUCCUUGGCCGUCCUCCCGGCCCUCGCCAUGGUGACAAUGGCUACGCCGCUUGUGUCCUACUCGCACUAUCUUUACGAGAAUUGUGACGGUCUCAUCACAUCUGCCAAUCUCGCGCCAUCCUAUUGCGUUGGUGUGGAAAAUUUUCCGAUCAAGUCUUUCACGGCGUAUGUAUCUUCUGGCGCCUGUGACGAUUCCAAAUCUCCGGUCUUGAAUAUCUACUCCGGAACGAAUUGCGAGUCUGGUUUGGUUCAAACCGUGAGCGUGAAUAGCGAGAAUCAGUGCUUCGCCGCGGAUACUACAGUUCAGAGUUGGAGAUGAAUUCCCAAGGAAAUCAAUAUGAACCUCUGGAGGAACGGUAUAAAUUAUACAUCGCCAAUUGUAUAAAGUUCAAGAUAGCGACAGGACAUGCUAUGUAUGCUAAACAACAUACAAGGCAAAUAGAAUCAAAAAAUUCAACCGGCCGGUAUCUCAAACCUCUCUUCCCAUCCAACGUCAAUCUGAUAUCAAGUUGCGAAAUAAGUGAGCCAAAAGUCGACCAGCUACCCACCAAUCUCACACCCUUUCUGAACGCAGCUGCCUGAUAGUCAAAUUAUUUAGCUUUUCCACUGUCCAGCAUUCUCCACCCCUCUCGCAACCCUGUUUGCUCCGUCUUCGACUCCCGUUCCAAUACUUCCCAGUCCAUCGCCCAACGGUUUCCCGGCACUUCCUGUAGCACCCGUGAUGGUAUCGCCGAUUCCUCGAGUAGCGGCGCCUGUGACCCCGCCAACGGUGCGAGAGACGCCUCCGACCGUGUUCCCAAGCGUCGAAGUCACGAAUUUGGCGGCGCCAGUGACGCCGCUGUCUUGAGAGGAGGAGAAAGUGUUGUUCGGCAUGAUGCAGGUGUUUCUUGGUCUGCGCUUUUCUUCGUCCGCCUAAGAGUGGUCUUUAAGGCACAGGAAAAUAAGAGGUUAUGAAUAUGAAUGUGGAUAUGGAUAUUGUUUGCUUGUUUGAAC